AAAAGAUAUUCAUAAGAUAUUAUUAAUGAAAUUUCAUGUGUAAACUAAAAGAGAAGAAUUAUUCCUUUGAAAAAACUCAAGAUACAUUAUUUUUAUAUAAGUGGAAUAUUAAUUAAAUGAUUAAUCAUUAUGUUGAAACAAAAUUAUACAUCUUGGAACAAAUCACAAAAUUCUAGACAAGAUGAGAUGAUUUUUCCAAAUCAUGUUUCUCUAGCUGAGAAAAUGAAACCUAAAAACUUUACUUCUUAUAUAGGUCAAAAACAUGUGAUUGGAUCUAAUACAAUAUUACAUAAUUUUUUGAAAAUAGGAGAAAUUCCUAGUAUGAUACUGUGGGGACCACCUGGUUGUGGUAAGAAAUCUUUAAUCAAUGUUAUAAUACAAUUAACCAAAGAAAAAUUCAAAGAUAAAAUACACAUUGUAAAAUUAGUUGCAACAGCUUGCGGUGUUGGGGAUAUUAAAAAAGCCGUAGAAACAGCAAAAAAUGUACUUAAAUCUGAUCAUAGAACAAUUGUCGUUAUGGAUGAAAUUCAUCGUUUCAAUAAACUUCAACAAGAUAUAUUCUUACCACACGUCGAAGCUGGAACAUUUAUUCUUAUUGGAUCGACAAUAGAAAAUCCUUCUUACAGUUUAAAUCCAGCAUUGCUAAGUCGAUGUCGUAUAUUUUCAUUAGAUAAAUUAUCAGUAGAAGACAUCAUUGAAAUACUUACAAAAAGCAUACAUUGUAUAGGUGGUAGAAUUCAAAAUUCAUUAAAUUGUAAUGAUGUUUCAAAGUUUAUGAUUCAUAAUGACACAUUGAAGUGGUUAGCUGAAGUAUGUGAUGGUGAUGCACGCACUGCAUUAAGUGGUUUAGAAUUAGCAAUUCGUAGCAAAAAUGUAUUACAUAAUAAAAAAUUUGUUAUAAAUAUUGAAGAUAUCAAAGACGGUUUAAUACAUAUGAGCACGAUUGCUGAUAAUAAAAGUGAACAAACGCAUCAUUUGUAUUCUGCUUUGCACAAAUCAAUUUUUGCGGGUAAACCAAAUGCUGCUUUAUAUUGGUUAGCUAGGAUAAUGGCUGCUAAAGAAGAUCCUGUAGAUAUUGCUAGACGCUUAAUUAGAAUAUCGGGUGAAGAUAUUGGUUUUGCAGAUCCAGAUGCUAUUGGUUUAGCAGUUCAUACAUUAAAUGCCUGUCAAAUGAUUGGUAUGCCUGAAAGUGACGUUCUAUUAGGACAAUGUGUAGUUUAUUUAACUAGAGCACCCAAAUCUCGUCUGAUUUAUAAUGCUUUUAAGGCAGCUCAACAAUUUAUAAACAAUAGUAAAGAACCACAGCCAGAUGUUCGGCAACACAUUCAAUGUAUAUCAGAAGAAGAAAAGCUUGAAUUUAGCAUUGAAUCAAAUAAAUAUAAUUUAUCAAGGAAUUUAAAUACUAAGAAAAAUCAUUUACCAAAGAGUCUACAACACGUUAACUUCUUUCAUGAAGAUUUGCGAUAAUCAUUUUAUAUGCUAUGCCAACUUUUUUAUACUCUAUUAGAAAAAAAU